AUGGGGGGACACAGUGGAGGAAGAGGUGCUGAGGUUGUUCAUGCUAUAGCUGACAUCCCACUGGAGCCCACCAUCCUGUGCACAGUGAACUUGAAUCAGAGUUCUCUUCUGGGCAGCCUGCUGGUCUUCAUCACCUUUGUGUCUCUAGGCAAUGCCUACUGCUUUCUCAAAUGCAAUGUAUACACUCCAGGAAAUUCACCUGUUGAAUGCAAGGGUCCCCUUGGAGUCCCACACCAGCUGAACUCAGAGUGGAAGUCCGAGGGAUGUGAGUGGUGUAUUUGCAGAGAAGAUGGAAUUUCCUGUUGCAUCUUUGUUCCUAAGCCUGUGGGUUUUGACACAGACAAUUGCAAGACAAUCUUGAACAGGAAGACCUGCAAUUAUACUGUGGUAGAGAAGAAGGACCCAAGAAAGAUCUGUCUUUUCUAA